GGAACAAAGAGAGUUAAAAGCUGUGUCAGCUGCCAGUCUGGGGCAGACGGACAGACGGAAGGAGGGGGACUGGCGGGGUGGCAUGACAGGUGGCUGAGAAGCCAGGUGGACGGGGGAGCACUGACUGGCCAGCAGGUCGGCUGACAGACAGGUAACAGAGACACAGGCGGCUGAGCCGGCCACAGCCACAUGGAGGGCCCGGCAGGCAGAGGGACCAGGUGAGGAGGGGCCGGCAGCCACAGAACCUGGAGGUGGCCAGCCAUGGGGCCCAGCUUCCUUGUGCUCCUGUGUGUUAUUGGGCUCAGCCACGGGGCCUCAGAGAAGAUUUAUAACGGCACGGAGUGUGACCCUCACUCGCAGCCGUGGCAGGUGGGGCUGUUUGAAGGUGUCAACCUGCGCUGUGGGGGGGUCCUCAUUGACCGGAGGUGGGUCCUCACAGCUGCUCACUGCAGCGGCAGCAGGUACUGGGUGCGCCUGGGGGAACACAGCCUCAGCCGCCUGGACUGGACGGAACAGAUCCGGCGCAGCGGCUUCUCCGUGACCCACCCCAGCUAUGAGGGAGCCCGGAGGAGCCACGAGCACGACCUGCGGCUUCUGAGGCUGGGCACCCCCGCCCGCCUGACCCGCAGUGUCCAGCCCCUGGCCCUGCCCACCACCUGUGCAGCAGCUGGCACGGAAUGCCACAUCUCCGGCUGGGGCACCACCAACCGACCAUGGAGCCCAUUCCCAGACAAGCUGCAGUGCCUCAACAUCGCCAUCGUCUCCAGCGCCACCUGCCGAGCCGUGUACCCUGGGAGAAUCACGGACAACAUGUUGUGUGCGGGCGGCAACAUGGGGAAGGAUGCCUGCCAGGGCGACUCUGGUGGCCCGCUGGUGUGCGGAGGAGUCCUUCAGGGCCUGGUGUCCUGGGGGUCCGUGGGGCCUUGUGGCCAAGAAGGCAUGCCGGGAGUCUACACCAACAUCUGCAAAUACGUGGACUGGAUCCUGGGGGUCAUCAAGAACAACUGACUGGCUCCUUCUACCUCCACCCUUGCCCGGCUUGGGGUCCACUCUGACCCCCGGAGCGCCGACACCUCCUCCAUCGUCAACCCCAGCUCUCACUCUUCUUGGUCUGGGAAAUCCCCUUCCCCAGAACUCCAGCUCCAGCCGGCCCCCUCCUAAGGCCCACGGUUCAGGGAGGAGGGCCUGUGGGGCCAUUUGGAAUAAAUAUAACUCGCCAAGGG